AUGAUUCAGAUUGACAGCCUCAGACACGCACAUGGUCAGCAAGGUCUGUCGAGGCAGAGUUUUGAGUCUUCCGAUUCCAACAGCUCUACCGUAUCCUCCCCCGGCAGCACGGCUUUCCACCCCCUACCAACAGCCUUACCCCCCGGGGAUAACAGGAACAAUGGGAUGAUGCCCUGGACGCAGGGUGGGGCAACAUUCCCCACGGCUGAAGGAUCAGAUGAUGACGAGGAAUACCGUCCCUUCACUCCUCCACCCCCACGGGAGAGACUGAGCUACACCCGCUAUCAGCUUGAGUUAUUGAACGCUAUCUAUUCCCGGGUGAAAUACCCCAACAGUACCCAGAAACAGCUGAUUGCUAAAAGAGUCGGCAUCACACGUGACCAAGUGAAGAUCUGGUUUCAAAACCGCCGCCGCAAGGAUGUCGUCGGGCGUAAGCCUGGAGAUAAGAAAGAUGGCGUCGAGGAGAAGGCCGAGAGUCCGAAAAGUGAGAGUGCUAGUGUUGAAACCGCGGCCAAAGAAUCAUCUGACGUCACUGACGAAGACGCAGCAACAAACGAUGUAGAUGAAAAAGUACUUCCCCCUCUCGUCAUGAAGAGCGUCAUCGCUGAACUGAUGAGGUUCGAGAACGACCCUCUGAAGAACAAGAAAAAUAAGAAGAAGUCUAGGAAGCGACCUGCACCAGCUCCUGCUGUUGGACCCAAACCUCCCCAGCCCUUGUUCCAGAGCUACGAUAUGAUCUCACCGCCAAACAGGGUCACCCCAACGGCAGCCUUGCUCAACACCGUGCCUAACAGGUUCAACCACUCCAAGAGUGCCUCCGCUUUCCAUAACCCCCGUAAUCCCCGCUUACCAGGGCAGAUGAUGCUUCCUGGGCAAUCCCCGUUCCUGAUGGGGAUGCCCCACCCAGCGUCUGCCAGCAGUAUAACUGUGCUACCCAAUGACUACGUAAACCCUCCCAAUACCACUGUGCCACAGAGUCUGCCUCCAACAGGCAACCAUUCCUUAUAUGACAGUAUACCCGUUCUGGCAGAUCUCCUUGGUUACCGAUCUCACGUUGAAGCAUCACGUCAGAGGGAGCAUUCAUUGUCUCAGUCUCAUCUACCCUCCCAAUGCUCAGCAAUUUCUAGUCGCAGCCCUGAGAACAAUGUAUCAGAAACGCAUGCUCCCCCUGCCCAGAGUGCACUUGGGUUAAAUCGUGUGUUCCCCUUCCCGUUCAUCGCUGAUCCCCCAGUGAUGCUGUCGUCCAUCCGGCAUUCUGACCCCUACAGACCACAGCUUCACUACCAACCUCCGUCGUAUUCAGAUGAACACUACCAACCUCUGGUCAUUUCGUCGCUAAGCAACCCCUAUUUCAAUGCAACGUCAUCGGUCUCCUGGGCCAAUCAGAACUCAAGUGACUCAAGUGUUCACCCGUCCUCCUAUACCCAGUUAUAA